UUUCUGCGCCUAAAACACCAGCUUUGCCCUCAAAAGAGAGGCAAAGUAGUCAAAAGUCAACAAGUGAUCAUUAUCAAGAAAUUGAAAUCGAUGAAGACAAUGAACAAUAUUUAGAUAAAGACAACUACGAAGAGGCAUUAAAUGAUACAAGGAGAAAAGUUCGCAAAAUUGCUCUCGUAAGAGUUCAGAAACACAGCAUUAAUAGUUCUGCUCCUAGAGCUUUGCCCCCCAAAAAAAAUAACCAAUAUCGAGAAAUUGAAAUCGAUAAAGACAAUGAACAGUAUUUAGAUGAAGACAACUACAAAGAGAAAAGUUCGCAAAAUUGCUCUCAUAAGAGUUCUGCUCCUAGAGCAUCGACUUUGCCCUCAAAAAAGAAUAACCAAUAUCAAGAAAUUGAAAUCGAUGAAGAUGCUCCUAGAGCAUCGACUUUGCCCUCAAAAAAGAAUAACCAAUAUCGAGAAAUUGAAAUCGAUGAAAACAAUAAACAAUACUCAGGUGAAGACAACCACAAAGAGACAUCGGUUCCUGUUAGAACUCAGACACGCAAUACUAUUGAUCCUGCUUCCAGAGCAUCUACUUUUCCUUCAAAAGAGGGAAAAAGUAGUCAAAAAACAAUUAAUAAUGCUGGUUCCCAUGAGUUGAAUAUUACGGAAAUCCUAAGUACUUCUAGUUCAAAGCAUGCAAUUAAGAAUUCGACAAGCAAAACAUCAUGUGCGGAAAUAACGGCUUCAAGUUUGAUGGCAGCGGCUUUAUCCACAAAGUCAACAUCGUCGUUCAUAAUUGAGGAUGAAAGCAAUUCUGAUUCAUAUGAUUUAAUGCAAAAUUCUCUUGAUACACUUCGUAAUGCUUUUAAUGAAUUUGAAUUAUUAAUUAAUAUUCAAGAUGUAAUGACAGCUAAAAUUUUGAAUAAUAGCAAUGAGAAUGAAAUAUCUUCAAAUCUUACUCAUUUGCAUAAUUCCACACAUUAUCGACAAGAAAUUAACAAGGAACUAAUUGUACAAGUAUGUAGUAUCUCAAAAGCUAAUGAACGUAUGCCAGCACUUGUUAGAGACCUGGGCUGUUGUUUUGAUAAUUAUCGUUACAAACUUCAUGUCUCAAUCAUGAGUCUUGCGGAAAAGGGAGAACCAUCAGAUGAUAAUUUAUCCGAAUUCAUAACUAAAGAGGUGUGGAAGCAGGUACUUAGCUUACACUUGAAGGUUACAGAUCAACAAGCAUUAAUGAAAAAUCUGGAGACAUUCAUGAAGCUUGGCGUUUUUGUGCGCCAAGCCGUUAAAGCUGUUAUAAUUGCAGAGAGCAGUAAACUAGAUACAAAGACUGCAAUUAGGAAAUGCGAUAACAUUACUAUUAACUUAAAAAUUCCAACCAAGCUCGGUAUUGUUAAAUCAUUGCCAGUUAAGGAUCUCUUAAAUUGCUAA